CGUUGUGUCCGCGGAUCUGUGACGAAUAGUACAGAAUGUUCAAGGGUAUGAAUCGGUCGAUCGCAGAAGUUUACUCGUCGUGACCCAGAUUUGAAAGAUCUGAUUUAAGGAAGAAAUGAGUGCCAUAAGUAAACAUUGGAGCGAACUUACCGCGGGGGUGGAUUGUGCCACAUUGUCACAUCCGGGGAAAACCUGCCACAGUCAUAUCCUGUUCCAGCUGCGGACAACGGUUUGGGGGAACAUGCAGUUCUUUAUACCGGUGUCAAUUCUUCGGCUGUUCCUGUUGAUCUACACGCAAAAAUCUGUUUCAUGGCAUAUUGUGAGGCAGACCCUGUUCGAGUUCAGCUGCAUGGUGGCCAACGGGUGGGUGGUAUCGAACAGCUGGAGUGCUUGUUUCUGUGCGUUUUAUCACUGGUUCGGACGGAUCAUCAACAAUUAUUCUGUUUCGAUGGCAGCCCUACCGGGAACGUUGGUGAUGUUUUGGAUGCCUCAGUACGUUCAGAUGAGCCAUGCGAGGGCUGUUUUCAAUGUGUUUGUAGAGUGCUGGAUCAAGUCCAGGAAUCAUCCGUGGAUGGAGUAUGCCAGAGAAUCGAAGACGAUCGGUACGGUGGUGUUCAUGCUAAUUAGUGCUACGAUUGGAUAUUAUGCGCAGAGAACGAAAGCGGUGGAAUUUUGGUUCUUCGCGCCGUUGAAGAAAAACUCCAACGACCACAGUAAAACACCAUGCUUCCAUCGUAAUACCUGCCAAAGCUACAUCCUGGAUGGCAUGAAAACAUGCUUCACCUUCGGAAUGAUUCUAGAACUGGCUCGCAAGCUGAUAGCAUCUGCUCCCAGAAUCCGACGACACCCUCCAGCACUGCUCGGAGCCAUUUCGCGAAUACGCUUCAAAUUUGUUGCCUUCCUAACCCUCUACAAUGGACUGUUUCGAUUUGUGACCUGCUUCCUGGCACAACACCGACGAAAGGUGUCCAGUUAUGACAGCACUGUGGCAGGUCUGAUCAGUGGAUUGUCCUACUCCCUAUCGCCGAAUUUCAACGUGUUCAGUCUGGCGAUGACUGCUAUGAUUCAGAACAUCUGGAACUACAUUAGUGAACAGUACGGUGGACUUGAUCUAGUCAAGAGGUUUAAUAGGCUCUCGUUUACCUCGAUCGCCUGGGUACUUUUGAUGAACUACAACAUGUACAGUAGAGCCUACUAUCCGUACGCCAUGUCCAAGUAUGCGCUGAAAUUUACUGAUGUUUGUUCCAACUCACAAGCUCGGACAGCAUCGGAAUGUCUGGCCAAGUUGUUCCUAGCUGCCAAUUGAGAAUCACUAUUGGAUUAUUUGGAUUCGUCGACUGAACAUUGGUUUUAAUAUUAGGUUAGUGGGUGGCAUAGGUAUCGGCAGGGCGCACAUUGCCUUGAUCGCUCUCUCCCUCCAAAACAGUAGGAAAUCAUGCAACUAGAUUCCAAAUUGUUUUAAUUCUUGCUGUCGCUAGAGCUGUGACCCGUCGAGUCAGCUUAUACGGGGCUCACAACUCCUCAAACCACACCUGUCAAAAGAAACAUUUUAGAAACAUUUUUAUCAUUCUUGCCACCAGUAUAAGAGGGUAUCAACGGACGCUACUAUUUCCCACGUUAUUAGAACCUAGUUGCCGACUUAAGCUAAUAUUCCUACAAGCAGUGACACAAUUUUCAAAUUUUCCAAUGACAACAGUUUAGUUGGUGCUGCACCCAUUUGAACUAGAAUGUAAUAAUUGCAUCCCUUUUUAUUAUGAGGUACCUGUGUAGCACCGUGUAAAAACGAAAAUGUAAGACGGUGAAAAAUGUAUUGCGUGAUUAGGAAAUGUUUGAUAAGAGUGACUCAAUAGCUUAGUGAUAUUCUUAUAAUCUCUUGAGGCUCAUCACUGUUAUUAAAAUUGAUUCAAAUGACCUACAGUGAAAGUCAUGUGACACACAAAACUAUUUUGGAUUACCCACGUAGGUCGCCUAGCUUGUUCAGAUCAAACUAGUGCGUAUAGUAAUUGUUAUUUUAAAAGGUUGAAGUUUAGAAUAAAUUACAGACACAAA